GCUGUGGCUGCCAGUCUCAAACGCCUUUCCUCGACGGAUUUGGAGCGGUAUAGCCAAUUCGUAAUAUUCGACGAUGAAUGCUCCCUCACUGAAGAUGUGAGUUUUGAGUUGUGUUUGGAUUUCAAUGAACUUGCGUCUAGGUACCGACGUCUGCUCAAAUGA